AUGGCAGCACAUGGACCGGGUGGCGGCGGCGGCGAGGACGUAGAGCUCUACGAGCUUCUCGGUGUCGACAAGUCUGCUAGCGCAAACGAGAUCAAAAAGGCAUACCGCAAGCUUGCCCUGCAACAUCACCCCGACAAGGUUGCCGAGGAACUGCGACCCGAGGCCGAAGCCACCUUCAAGUCCGUAACCCAAGCCUACGAGAUCCUACGAGACGACGAGAAGCGCGAGAUGUACGACAAGCAUGGCAUGGCUGCCUUCGACCCGAGCAGAGGUGGCGGCAUGGGCGAGGAGGUUGAUAUCAACGACAUCCUCUCACAAAUGUUCGGCAUGGGUGGAGGUAUGGGCGGCAUGGGCGGCGGCGGCGGAGGUCCCCGAAGACCUAGACGCGGUGCCGACGAGGAGUCAAGAUACAGCGUGACCCUGGAGGACCUAUACAAAGGAAAGACGGUCAAGUUCGCCGCCGACAAGCAAACCCUCUGCGGUACUUGCAAAGGUUCUGGCGCCAAGGAGAAGGUCAAGCCCCAGCAAUGCGAUCGUUGCAAGGGUGCCGGUGUUGUGGAAGCCUUCCGCCAGGUCGGCCCCGGUCUGGUUACUCGCGAGUCUGCCAUGUGCGACAGAUGCCACGGUUCCGGCAACAAUAUCAAAGAGAAGGACCGCUGCAAGAAGUGCAAGGGCAAGCGAACCGUACAGGAGAGGAAGCCCCUGGAGAUCUACAUACCUCGUGGUGCCUACCAGGGCGAGCGGAUCGUGCUGGAAGGUGAAGCUGAUCAACAGCCCGAUCAGACCCCUGGUGACCUCGUUUUCGUUCUUGUUGAGGAGCCGCACGAUGUCUUCAACCGCAUCGGUAACGACCUCUCGGCGAACAUGGAAAUCACCCUGGCCGAAUCGCUGUGUGGAUUCUCGCGUGUCGUCCUGCAGCAUCUGGACGGCCGAGGUGUUCACAUCACUCACCCGCGGGGUAAGAUCUUGCGGCCGGGUCAGGUCCUUAAGGUCGAGGGUGAGGGUAUGCCGCUCAAGCGGGGAGAGGCCAAGGGUGAUCUCUACCUCAUGGUGAAGAUUGCCUUCCCGGAGGACGGCUGGCUCCAAGAUGACGCCGCAUUCGAGUCUCUCCAGAAGCUCCUCCCUAACCCCGCGCCUGUAAUCAAGGCUGAGGAAGUUGACGAGGUUGACUACAACGACGAUGCUGAUAUUGACGAGAUGGGAGCCAACUCGGACGAUCCGCGAUUCGGCGGAGAAGGCUGGGAAGACGACGAUGACGAAGCUGCCGGACAGCCACAAUGCGCGCAGCAGUAA